CGACUCUCCGUGCCAUCUUUCCUACCCAUUGUUUCAUAUCCAGAAAAGCCAACAGUCGCCGAGCUGUAGCAUGUGGCCAUCCACAGUCCAUGGGCUCCCGCAUUAUUUUCUGCAUUUCUCCCACGGCCCUCGGGCCUCCGCGUGGUCGGUAACCCCAUGCCGGGACACGAGACUGGCUGACUUGUGGGGAAGAUGGCGAAUAUUACCCAAUGUACCCAUAUGUGGAUGACAUGGUAUGGGCUUCCAUAUCUAGCCAAGUCCAGGGCUCUCGAAACCUUGGAACUUCCGAGAUUCAACCCUUUAUCAAUUUGGUUAACAGGCCGUAUCCCUCUUGAAGUCCGAGUCCGCACAUAGCCUGGCAUCUUUUCAUCCUUCAGUCAAAGUGAUCUCCCACUAGUUCGUCUUCUAUGUGCGCUGACAGGGGACUACCACGAACGUGUCUCGUAACGACACCAUCAUGGAGAACCAACCAAAAGAGAACCACAGCCAGCCGGUUCUUGCUAUUGCCAUCUUUUUCCUUACACUAUCAUCAUUGUGCGUCGGCUUGAGGGUUUAUGUUCGAAGUCGCCUGCUCAAGAGUUUCGGUCUUGAUGACUGGACGAUGGUUCUGACCCAGCUUCUCUUCACAAUGUACAUCGCAUGCCAGAUAGGAGGAGUAAGAUAUGGAACGGGACGACACCACGCGGAUCUUCCUAGAGAAGAUGCAGUGGCAGCGCUGCGGUAUUGGUAUUUCUGUGAAGUGUUUUACAUAUUGACCAGCGUAUUCUUGAAGAUUUCCAUCGGUAUCUUCUUGUUGCGCAUUGCUGCGAGCAAGAUUCACGUAUGGAUUGUGCGGCUUGUCAUGGCUUCUACAUCGCUCUUCGGGGCCAUGUAUGUCUUCCUGAUUAUCUUCCAAUGCAAACCUAUCAGUCAAUUCUGGAACGUCAAUCCAGGUGGACCUGGGUGCUUGAAUACUAAUGUAAUCAUUGCGUGUACCUAUACUGCUGGGGCAUUGAACGCAACCGCUGACUGGACUUUCGGCAUCUUGCCAUUCUUCAUUGUAUGGGACUUGAAGAUGACGAAUAAAGCCAAAGGUCUAGUGGCUGGAAUCCUGGCAUUUGCCGCCAUUGGCAGUACCGGGACAGUCAUCCGGAUUCCCUACGUCAAAGGUCUUAAGCAGACAGAUGAUUUCCUAUAUACAACGUUGGGCAUAGCCAUCUGGUCAACGGUUGAGCCUGGUAUCGGAAUAGCCGCCGGUUGCAUCGCCACAUUCAGGCCCCUAAUGAGGAACUUCCUCUGGCGAAUUGGCGUGGGUUCCAUGCCAGCAUCCUCCGGCAUGAGCUACGGAAAACACACUCACUCCCGUCGAGCCCCGAGCCGCAACCUUGACGAGCUAGAACUCCACCGAGGCGUCCAGACGAUGAUCACUGGCAACGACCAGAAGUACAAGCACAACAGCGGCUGGAACAAGGGCGGCAGCAGCAGCCGAGAAAGCGACGAGAUUGAGGUCUUGAAAGAUGGUAUCAGCAAGCACGUUGUGGUGGAGUAUGAGGAGAGCAGGCUGGCGCGCACCCCAAGAGGCAAGGACUAUACCGACGUGCAUAGUAUCGAGGGGAGCUCGACUGAUGGCCCUGAACCUGCCGAUCCACACAAGGGUCCUUAUUAUAAUAAUGUGACGUUUUAAGAGCAGUCAAAAUGUGUAAUAUAUCGCGUAUCGUGUUUUUUACCCGGCGUCGAUUGGCAAGUCGAGG